AUGCGUUUCUCUCUCAUUGUGAUGCUCGCGAGUGCGUAUGCACGGGCAUCCCUCGGUGGCACUCUUGAGAUCAUUGAUAUUGAUAAUCAAUGCGCGAUAUGGUCCUAUGACAAUCAUGGCUGCACGGGGUCUUCAGCAUUCUUUAGCCAACUUGAUGGAGAUGACUGUUCAAGGUUGGACAAGGUCGCCAACAGCACUCAUUCAGGUUACCCUUUGCGUGGCGCGGAGGCUUGCGGCACGGAAAACAAUUCGGCAGCUGCAUGGGUUAAGGUCGAAAAAAACGGGGUGAUCACCUUCUACAAUUUUCAGGGAGACAAGUCGGCAUGUACAUUGGACAAUGGGCUCAAGCAUGGCAGCCGGUGCACUGCCUCAGACCUGAAAUCCUCCACCGAGCCAUCCUCCACCGAGCCAUCCUCCACCGAGCCAUCCUCCACCAAGUCGUCCUCCACCAAGUCGUCCUCCACCAAGUCGUCCUCCACCAAGUCGUCUUCCACUAAGUCUUCCUCCGCUUUGACGACGCCGAACUCUUCGUCAUCGGUUUCGAAGUCAUCCUCGACUACCUUCCAGACCGCAUCUACUUCCGAUUGUUCUGCAGCCUGA